ACUUCCAAAUUAACCCCAAACUAAGAACAGAAGAAACCAGACAGUAGUACGCAAUGUCGGGCGUGUGGGUGUUCCGGAACGGGGUGGUACGGCUGGUGGAGAACCCGGCAUCGGCGGUGACCGGCGGCACCGGCGGCGGGGGUGGAGGCAGGCGCAAGGCGCUGCUGCACACCCCGACGGGGGAGGUGGUGGCGUCCUACGCGUCGCUGGAGCGCAAGCUGCUGGGCCUGGGCUGGGAGCGCUACUACGGCGGCGGAGACGACGGCAAGAUGCUGCAGUUCCACAAGCGCUCGUCCGUGGACCUCAUCUCGCUCCCCAAGGAUUUCGGGAAGUUCAACUCCAUGCAGAUGUACGACGUCGUCGUCAAGAACCGCGACGCCUUCCGCGUCAUCGACGUCUAGAACUAAAGUCAUAUAUGGAGCUCGCGGGCGCUCCGCGCAGCCCCGCCACGUUACCACGUACCAUGGCAUCGCAUCAAUGUCGUCGAUCGUGUGUGUUUGUUGACUAGCUAGUCUCUGCACACGUACGUGCGUGCGCGUACGUACCUGCAUUCUCGUACCGUGUAUAUAUAUGUCACUGGUGUAUCAUAUAUCCCCCGCACGUAUACAUAUAAAUUGUAUGCAUAAAAUAAUUCGGCGCCACGGUACGUGCCACCCACGGAAUGGUAAAGACGCUUGCAUGACGUCCGUGUGUCGCGACAGCUUAAUUCGACCAUUAAUUAUUCAUGACGGUCA